GGUAAUGAAUGCGUAAUUAACGUAUCUCCACCUCUCCACUCAUCCUGAGUGAGUGACUCCAGAAUCUAUUCGCAGCUGCUGUUCUGCCACUCCGCCAAUCCGCAUUUGGAAUAGGAAAGAACAGCUGCUUAAACGUUAGGGAAAUUUGGGGGAACGUUAACGGGUCAUGCAGUCGUACAGGGUAGAAACGGUCCGGUAUCCCUAUCAGCAGAAUCAUGGCUGAAGACUACUGGGAGACGCGAUUGGCUUUGGGAUAUUGUUGCUAAGAUUACAAGGGCAUACGGGAUCCCGCGUCCUCGGAGAGGCUGAACGGUGGCUGCCCCUCCCCCCUCUGCGUCGCGCCCCCCCCUGCCGCCUCUGAUGGAUCGAAUGAGAAAGAUCAAGAGGCAGCUCUCUCUCACUCUCAGGGGGGGCAGCACUGGGGACAAGAACCUCAGCGACUCCAUAGGCUCUCAGGAUGCCACCUCCCACAGCGACUCAGAGGCCAUGCCGGGGCGUGUCCGGGGGGGCAGUGGCCCUGGUAGCAGUGUGCGGGGGUCCUCAGGGAGGGCGGGGGGCUCCCUCAGCAUGCACUCCCUGCUCCAGUCCUACAGCUCCCACCUGCGCCGACCACGCAGCCUGGGGCGGAGCCUCAGCUCCUAUCUCAACCACACCACACGUCUCGAGAUCGUCCAUGAGGAUGUGAAGAUGGGCUCUGAUGGUGAGAGUGACCAGGUGUCGGCUACCUCCUCGGAGGAGGUCCACAGUCCUGUCAGGGUCCGCAUGAGGGACAAACCUGGACGCAAGAUCUCUACAGAGGAUAUAAACAAGCGCCUGUCUCUGCCAGCGGACAUCCGUCUGCCAGAUGGCUACCUGGAGAAGUUCAGCCUCAACAGCCCCUUGUUUGAUAAACCACUGAGCCGAAGACUGAGACGAGUCUCUCUGUCCGAGAUCGGCUUUGGGAAGCUGGAAACCUACGUGAAGCUUGACAAGCUAGGCGAGGGGACGUAUGCUACGGUGUACAAGGGCCGCAGCAAGCUGACGGACAACCUGGUGGCCCUGAAGGAGAUCAGACUGGAGCACGAGGAGGGAGCGCCCUGCACCGCCAUAAGAGAAGUGUCUCUGCUGAAGGAUCUCAAACACGCCAACAUAGUCACCCUGCAUGACAUCAUUCACACUCAGAAGUCGCUCACGCUGGUCUUUGAGUACUUGGAUAAGGACCUGAAGCAAUACCUGGACGACUGUGGCAACUCCAUCCACAUCCACAAUGUGAAACUCUUCCUGUUCCAACUGUUGAGAGGUCUGAACUACUGCCAUCGCCGGAAGGUCCUCCACCGCGACCUCAAGCCUCAGAACCUGCUCAUCAACGAGCGUGGCGAGCUCAAACUGGCUGACUUUGGUCUGGCCCGGGCCAAGUCCAUUCCCACCAAGACGUACUCCAACGAGGUGGUGACUCUGUGGUACCGCCCCCCUGACAUCCUGCUGGGCAGCACUGACUACUCCACACACAUUGACAUGUGGGGGGUGGGCUGUAUCUUCUAUGAGAUGUCUACAGGACGUCCUCUCUUCCCCGGCUCCACAGUGGAGGAGGAGCUGCACUUUAUCUUCAAACUGCUUGGAACUCCUACAGAGGAGACCUGGCCUGGUAUCACCUCCAACGAGGACUUCAUCUCCUACAACUACCCUUGUUACCGUGCCGACCGUCUGCACAACCACACCCCAAGACUGGACAGUGAAGGAGUGGAGCUGCUGUCUAAGCUGCUGCAGUUUGAAGGGAAGAAGCGCAUCUCAGCGGAGGAGUCCAUGAGACACCUGUACUUCCACAGCCUGGGAGAGAGAGUCCUCACACUGCCUGAUAGUACAUCAAUAUUUGCACUUCAAGACAUUCAGCUGGAGAAGGAGGCUGGAAUCAGAACCAGCUCCUUAUCUGACUCUGAACUGUUACAGCGAUGCCUAAGGUUCCGCCACACCUUAGGUAGAUUCUGUUCACCUCCUCCUCUUCCCAGGAGGCUGUGAACCACCCCCUUUCCUCCUCUCUCUCUCCCUCUGCUCUUGUGCUCUCUUUCCUUAUUCAUUUAAUCCUGACUAGACCACUCCCUCUCUCUUGUCCAACCUUUUUUUCUCGUUCCUCUUAUUCUCUCUCUCUCCAUCUCUCUUUGUUCUGUUCCAACCUUCUCCCUCUUUCUCCAUCUGUCUGUCCAGUCGCUCCCAAAAAACGUGUUUCUUUCUUCCAGAAACAUCCUCUGCUGGCGUUUCUCCCUCUUGUCCUUUCAUCUACAGCGACAUAACGCUGUGAUUAAUCUGUGUGAUUAUGUGGGUCCAAUGUGAGCCUUGUGAAUAGUACUUUAUAGUUCAUAAAGUCCUUUACCAGGUAACACAAAGAACAGUUUGUACCUGAGUGCAGACGAUAAGAGUGGUACUUUUUAUCUGGUUCAGUUAAGGCUCAAGGCAGACUACUGUGCGAGGCACUUACAGCUUUCUAGGAAUGCGUAAGUGUCUUCAGUCAGACUUCAGCUUUCAUUUCCGACACAGAAUCUAGUAGACUAAAACUAAACAAGCAGUUCUUCAGG